AUGCCUGUCUACUCAGCAUCAGAUUUUACGCGCGAUCUCCAACGAAUGACUGGGGGCCGAACUGAUCCAGCCUUAUCUAAGAUACUCGUGGAGGAGUCCCGUGACUCAAUUGGCUGGUUGGCUGAGAAUGAUGGCCGUAUCAAAUUCUGGGGUGGUAUGGCUCUCAAGACAGAGGAUGGAGGAAAAGGUCUCAUUGAAGAUCAUUUGCUGGCUGCUGAAAAGCACGGUAUCGAGAUUUUCUUCGACACUGCCGCAACCAAGCUUGUCACCAACCCCAAGACAGGUGCUGUGACUGGCGUUGAAUUGAUUAGUCGCGCCUUCACAGGCGAUGACUCUGGGUCUCAAGUAGGUCAAAAAAUGACGAUCCAAGCCAAAGCUGUGAUUAUGGCUGCUGGCGGGUUCGAAGCAAAUCCUCAACUGCGAGCGCAAUAUCUUGGACCAAGGUGGGAUGCUGCACGAGUCCGAUGUACUCCUUACAAUACCGGCGAUUUGCUUCAAAUUGCACAACGAGAUGUCUUUGCCAAGGCCUUAGGCAACUGGUCCGGCUGCCACAGUGUUGCGUUGGGGUAUCCCCUGGGCAUUAUGGUCAACAAGGAUGGAGCUCGGUUCGCCGACGAAGGGUCUUAUAUGCGCAAUUAUACCUAUGCUAUGAUUGGGCGCCGGAUUCUCGAGCAGCCAGAACAGAUCGCGUUCCAGGUUUGGGAUGCACGAACAACGCCAUGGCUUCGCAGCGAGGAAUAUCGACCCGAGGUAGCCCGUCAUCUUACGGGAGAAUCGCUUGGAGAGCUGGCAGACCGGUGUGUUGAGGCAGGAUUGGCAGACGAUGAGCGAUUCCUUGCAACACUUUCCGAGUAUAAUCGCUCUCUGCCUUCCGAGGAAAUUGCAAAAGACAAAUGGGAUCCUGGAAUCAAGGAUGGUCUCACCACAAAGGGUCUUCCAGUACCGAAAUCAAACUGGGCAUUGCCCAUCGACCGGGCUCCUUUCCUGGCCGUGCGAGUGACAACAGGAAUUACGUUCACAUUUGGUGGCCUCACUGUGAAUCCUAAUACGGCAGCUGUCGUUUCAGAAGCCACUGGUGCCGAGAUCCCGGCUUGUAUGCAGUUGGCGAGAUGCUGGAUGGUAUUUUUCAUGAUAAUUACCCGGGAGGUAGUGGGUUAA